AUGCAGCUUCAAAACGCUUCCACCGCUGGCUACGGAUAUGUCGUUUCUCUAUCUCAAAAUAUCACUUGGGCUUAUCCUUUUCUUCCUGGAGAGCCACCCAAUGUAAUCCGUUAUCAAUUCGCAGCUUGUGUUCCCUCCAAUAUCACUAUAGCUAGCACUUGCUGCUCCGCUGUAAACGGUACGUUCGUCGAAGAGUCACUGAGCAAUGCCCGAUCACUUAACGAAACCGAAUUGCAAAGCAUUCUUGGUAACGGUACCGAUCGCGGGGACUACUAUCGGAUCGGAAAUCUCACCACCGCCGCGGAUGCGGGACAGGUCGGUAAUAUCCAUUGGUGCACGAUGGCAUACGAUCCACUGUCAUCGCAAUCUCUCCAAGGCAUAGGAUACCAAUCGUCAAACUCGUUAGGGAAUGUACCGGAAAGUAUGAACAAAUGGAUUCAAUGUUUCAGUGAUAAUGUCCCUCAAGAUGCGGUCAACAACUCUCAAGCUGCAUACGUUUGUGCGACAGAUGAUGUCAGAAAAGGUGGAAUGAUAGAAGGUUUCAAUAGAUACAUCGAAAAGAAGGGGAAUGGAGCAGAAACUGGAUUAGCGUAUACUUCUUGGUACAGUGUACUUGGGCUGAUGGUCGGGCUAGUUGCAUGGCUAAACUGA